AUGGGUGGUGAGUACGACAUGGAUGAGAGCCAUUUGUAUGACACAUAUGUUGACAUUGAUAAAGGUAUAGGGUUGGCAGAGACAAAGACAAAGGGAUUGAUUAAGGGGAAAUUAUUGGUAGGGACGUGGACAAAGUGGUGGACCAAGAUAACAGGGCUGACAAUUAUAAAGACAAAGGGGUUGAUAAAGGGAAAGGGAAAAAGGGCACAAGAAUGGAAGUUGAUUUAUGAAUUGUCUAGUGAAGGCUAUGCCACUAAGGAGCUAUUCAGUUUUAGUGAUUCAUCAUUAGAUGAUGAUGAUGAAGAAGUCAGUUCUAAAAGAAAGAAGAGUUUUAGGUAUCCACAGUUUGAUGCAAAAACUGAUAUGGUUGACCCACAAUUCAUGCUAGGACUGUUAUUUAAAAAUGCAUCUGAGUUCAGAUCUGCAAUAAGACAACACGCAAUCAAAUGGAGAAAACAAACAAGAUUUUACAAAAAUAAGAAGACUAGGUUGAGGGCAGUAUGUAGGAAUGGUUGUGACUGA